GACUUCCUCAUUAGACGCCUUUCGUUCUGCAAACCAAAAAAACUCAUUACUCCAAGGCUAGGUCACACGACGGCGAUUUCCGCAAACCGCAGCAACCUAUCACUCGACGGCGACUUCUUCAUUCUGGAGUAAUCUGGGGCUAGUUAGUUAAAAAAGAUGCCACAUAGAACUCGGCCUAUGGCAGCCCUUUUGUUGUUUACUGGACUCAAUGUUGUUCUAGUGUCAACCAUUACUCCUGUCUAUGAUUUCGUGUGCUUCCAUCCUUAUUGGGAAAGAAGGAGAGAACAACGUUGUCAAGAGCGUGAACUUGCUUCGGCAAAGAGGUCCGAAUCAACACAAAACGUUAUGCGAGGUUGAAGGAAGUCAAGAUCAGAUGACAAAGGAGAGAAAGAAAGG